CGCCGGGCAGGCAGAUAAGGCUCGGGGAGGUGCCACGGCUCACAGAGGGCUGGGCAGGCUGGGCAGCUGCCCCGGCCCGCUGCCGAGCACAUCCCCAGCCUGCCGGGAUGCCCCAGCGGAGAGGGACGGGACACUGAGCGGGCUCCAGCGUGGUUUCCAGGACUGAGGUUCAACAGACUGCAGCCCAAAUUUCAAAGAAUCUGCCUGGCUUUGGUGGGUUACAGGCACUCUUUAAGGUGUUGCCUUCUUUCUCCAGGGUGACCUGUGACUGUCAGUCCUUCCCAGCUGUGCUCUCUUUGCACACCACCAUGCGGGUAACAGCUGUGAUCCGGUACCUGGCGCUGCUCAUCACCCUGCUGAGCACCUGGCUCCUCGUGCAGACCUACUUCCAGCACAGCUGGAAAGCCAUCAGCCUGCGCAGCUGGCUCGGUGCCACAAAGAAGCCCAGCAGUGAGAAGCUGCCCCGGCACAAGUGUGGGAACCAGAAGAGCUGCCCCCAGAAUUAUUUUGCCUUCAAGAUCAUCAGUGGUGCUGCAAAUGUGGUGGGACCCUCGAUCUGCUUUGAAGACUUGGUCCUCAUGAGCAGUGUGAAAAACAACAUUGGCAGAGGACUGAACAUUGCACUGGUGAAUGGAACAACCGGGCAGCUCCUGAAAACCGACACCUUCGACAUGUACUCAGGAGACAUCACCAAGCUGGAAACCUUCCUCCAAGGGAUCAAGCAUGGCACCAUUGUGCUGUCAGCAAGCUACGAUGACGCUGCCACAAAGAUGAAUGACAAAGUAAGGGCAUAUUUCAAGGCGCUGGGCAGCAGCCAUGUGAACAAGCUGGCCUUCCGGGACAACUGGGUCUUCUUGGGAGGAAAAGGGCUGAUGAACAAGAGCCCCUUUGAAAAGCACAUUAAAAAUGAUCAAGAGACAAAUAAAUACGAGGGCUGGCCUGAGCUGCUGGAGAUGGAGGGCUGUGCCCCCAGGAAGAUGGACUAGCACUGAACUCCAGCCUGCCAUGGGGGCAGCUUCAGCAGUCACACAGGGACACCAGCCCCGUCCUGGGGACUCCAGCCUCUCCACUGCCAGGUCAGAGUCCAGCAGCUGCUGCCUGCUUACAGGAACUGGCUGUUUCACAGCAGGAGCUGUGCAGGGCUUGGAGAAGAGUUUUACAAGUGCCUGCAGAGCCCGAGCAGACACAUAGCCAGGCUGCAGCCAAGCCAUCCUCAUCCGUGGGUCAAUUUUGGGUAUUUUAUUUUUCUGUCUUUAAACUAAAACUUUGUAGAAGAUUUUGUAAAUUUCUUAAAUGAGAUUUCUAAUUAUAAAACACUACCUUUUCCCUUCCAUUUUCAAGCAUAA